AUGUCGUAUCGGAUGGGUUAUCCGAAAUUCACCGCAUCUUCCUACGUCCGCCAGGGUGAUUCUAAGAUUAUCCAUGCGCUGUUGGGACCAACCACGCUUAAAUCCUCUUUGAAUGAGCUGAAUGUGACUAUCGCUUGUACCACUGCAUAUCCAUUCUCCGGAAAGCUCACCCACACCAUCACCGCAGCCACGUCCUUCGAAUUCGCAGUCAGUAUUCCGUCAUGGGCGACUGCUAAUUCUAGCUAUCGUAUCAACAAUGGCAAAGCUGUUCAUUUGUCUCCCGAAUUGGAGCAUCUUCAGAUGUCUCAAAUCUACAAGGGAGAAACUCAAGUUCUGGUUGAUUUGGACAUGGCAAUUCAUGUCGGUGAUGCUCGCAAUGGCUCCGUAGCUAUAUACUACGUCCCAUUGCUCUGCGCGUUGGACAUCGAUCUGACUACUUUAUCGAGUGAUCAAAUUACAACUCAGACUCAUAAUUGGGUCCUAGAUUCGUCUUCCGAGUGGCGCUACGGGAUCUACCCAACCUCUUUGACCGUUGAGGAGCUGUACGACCCCGAUCAGACACUGUUAAAUCCUAUUUGGACGUGUGAAAACACCCCCGUUGCGCUCUGGGUGAUUUUCUGGCAAAUUGAUUAUACAGAUACACUGGGCACGGCCGCUUUGCCUCCUGUCAAGCCGCGUGUGACAGGCGAGCCAAUCCAGGUCCUAUUGAUCCCGUACGGCUCUGAAAACUUGCAGAUUGCUGAAAUUCCUGUUGUAUCGACUGUGGACUAA